AUGAAAUAUGGCCUUGGUAUCGGAGUUUUUCUUGUGUUGAGUGUGUGCGCUGCUGUUGUUCUAUUUUUUGGUGGAUUUACAAAUGGAGGAAGCCAUUAUGUUAAUGAUUGUGGCAGUGAAGUUUCUGGAGUCCAAACUCUUCAAAAAUCCGAGAAUCUUCUUCAAAGUUCUUCAUUAUUUCCAAAAUCACAAAUUGAGAGAAUUGUGAUAGAUUUCAAUCAAACUAUUAUAUCAAAACUUAAUAGUAGUACGAUGAAUAGUUUUGUCAAAGUAAGAAUAAUUAAUUUUGAAACCAAUUCAACUUUUUCUUGUAGAAUGUCACGGAAUAUAAGAAUUCAAUGAAAGGAAAUGCGAAGAUGGAGUAUGAUGUUGCCUUGGAAAGAUUUAUAAGAAAUGGUAAUAAAAGCUGUGGUACUGAAGCUGAAGAAAAUCUUCGAAAAACCGCACAAUUUCUAAAAACAUCAGAUUUCGAAAGAUUUGUCUCAAAUAUUCCAAAUUAUCUCAAAAAAAUGGUCGAGGAUGUUAGUGGAAAAACCAACGCUUUAUUCAGAAAAGUCAGCAUCCAGUCACAAAUUAUUACCAAACACGUUCAACCGAUGAAUGUGAGUUCAAAAAAUACAUUUUACUAUCAUCUUGCUUCUAAAAAAAUGUUAAAUUGAUUUUUUUAUUGUCCGUCCAAAAUUUUAUGAUCCUGGGAAAAACCGAUAUGGCCUAGAUAUUUAGUAGAAAAACAAUUAUGUCUUCUUUCAGUACAAAAGAUCAAAACAGUUGCGAAGUCUACUGUAGUUUGGUUUUCUCUUCCACGGCUCUUAUAUUUGCGGAUUGACAAUAAAUUAAUAAAAUUAAAUUCUGAAUCUAUUCUGACAAUAAUAAUUUACACGGGACCUUUUUUACUCAACACUUCAAAUCGUGAUGAAAUUUUGUCCAUAGACAGCUUUUGGGGUCAUAAGAACACCCUAAAAUUUUAGUCUCCCAAUGGACCUCUGAGCCAAGUUCUGUGCUCUCAAAAACUCAAAAAAUACCUCAUAAAAGUCAUCAUAGCUCCAUUUCAAAAUUUUUUUUGGGAGAAAUGAAGUUUCAGAUAUUGAUCAGCAUAGUCAAUUACCUGAAAGAACAUCAAUAAAGAACUUUAUUUCGAAAAAUUUUGAAGUUUUUAAUUUUUGGCUGAAAAUUCAUGAAAAUUCAUAUGUGCCCCUGCUCAUUCUUUUUUCCAAAAUCAAAAAUUUUUUCUGAAAAUUCGAUUUAUUGAUGCUUUUUGGGUAAAUCGACCACGCUGGUCAUCAUCUGCUACUCAGUUUUUCAUAAAAAUGAUCGAAAAUUGAGUUAUGAUGUGUUUUAUGAGCCAAUUUUGGCAAUUUUCGAACUUUUGAGAGCUCAGAACUUGGCUCAGAGGUCCAUUGGGAGACUAAAAUUUUAGGGUGUUCUUAUGACCCCAAAAGCUAUCUAUGGACAAAAUUUCAUCAUAAUUUGAAGUGUUGAGUAAAAAAGGUUCCCUUGUUAAUAAAAUAAAAUUGAAACAAAAAUUGCGCUGAACAGAGAUAAAACGCAAAGUUAUUAUAACAAAUGAAUUAUAGGAUUCUAAAAACGCGAUUUUUCUGAUAGUUCCAACCCAGCAAAACUGGAAACAUUUUGUUCACCUUUGGACUUGAUAAAUUAAAGCUAAAUUUUCGAAAAAUCUCACACAAAUAUAUUUUCUGAAAAACCAUCGUCUGAAAAACUUAUAAACAUUUUUAUCUUUCAGGACAUCUUAUCCAAGGCAAUACAAAUUGCAUAUCGCUUUCGAUUGCCAGUAGAAGAAGGAAUUUAUUCAGAUUAUCUUAAAAUUCUAGAUUGUGAUAUUGAGACAGUUUUAGUUAUUACAAUUAUUUUUAUCAUCAAACUUCUUAUAAUUACUGGAUUGAUUUUCAUAUACAAAGGAAAAAGUUGUAUAUUGAAAUACGCAUGCAUGUCUGGAUACGUGAUUUACUUUAUAUUUUUAUGUUCUUCCUUGGGAGCUGUUAUUGGAAAUGGUAUGAUGAUUUCAACAAUUGAAUCAUGCAAAUUCAACAACAAAAAAGGAUUAGCAAGUGUUGUUCACGAAACAGAAAGGUAAAUUUGAUAUUAAAAAUAAAAUACUGUAUUGUAAGUUUGCACAAAAUGACGACUGGCUGAAAAAAUUUAAAUUAUGAAUACCUUAUGGAAUAAAACUCGAUCAUCUUGAAUACUAAUUAACACAUCGGCAAAAUGUCAUUCAAAUUGAAAAUAAUAAAAUAACUUCAAAUUUAUGAUAAUAUUUAUAUAUGUUCUCUAACUUGAUCGUAUCAAAUUUCAAUAUUAUCAUUGAUUGUUUCAAAAUUGUCCCCUAAAAAUCUUUUAAUUUUAGAGAUUCGGCUUGUCAAACUGGAAAUGCAAUUUUUAUGAUGACGAACACUCAUAUUGACAUCUCGCCAAUUCUUCAAGUAUUGAAAAAUGAUGUGGAAAAUCAUAAGAGUGAAAUAAUUAAAAUUGUUGAUAAAACAACAACUGAUGUUACAAAUUCGAUGAAAUCUAUAUUAACUGAUGAAACAAGAAAAAGAAGAGCAUAUUUGGAUAAUAAUGGUGAUAAUAAUGGUUGCCAUCCAAUAGAGUUUGCCACUGCAAAAAAAUUUGCAGCUUCUUUGCUCGCGACAAUUGAUUAUUUGACAAGAACAAGAUCGAGCCUUUCAAAAAAUAAGAAACACAUUUUGGCUGAUUUAACUGAAUUUCAAUCAACUCUAACAACUUCGGUGACACAAUAUACUAGUUCAAUGAUUCUGGAUAUUCAAAAUAAUCUACAAAAAGUUAACGUAAGUGAUAUACUCUAGCUUCGAAAUAUUUUUGAGAAAAUGUGUGUCCCUUUAAAAAAUCCGUAUUUUAUUUCAAGGAACACACAUUUUUUAAAAAAUAUCUCGUCAGGAAAUUCAUUUUUCGGGAUGUUUUGGUAAAAUACAAUCAUAUUUUUUUAAACAGAAACUAAUCGACGACGCAAAUUUCAAAUGUAGACCAUUUUUGGAUUCUUUCGAAAAUUGUCAUGUUGAUAUGUGCGGAAGAUUGACAGAUUUCAAUAAAUUUAAGGCAAGAAAAUUGUAUUGUGUUAUUGCGAUUUUCGGUUUGAUCGGUGUUUGUGGUGCUUAUGUUGGAUUUUGGGCACAGUCUCUUUUGUUGAAAAAUCAAAAAGAUGAGAAUGAAAUUCCAGUGAAAAAUAAUAAUGUCGAAGCAAAUUCAAAUACAAAAUCGAAAUCAACCAACAAAACAGGAGAUAUCAAAUCAAAAACUGUAUUGAAGAAAUGA